AUGGAGGAUGCGGGUGGUGAAUUGUAUGUGUUUUGUUCAAAGGGGAGGCCAGUUGGCGGACCAAAGCAUGACGAUAUAAGUGAUUUGGAGCUGAAUAAAGUUCAUAUAUUUGUUCUUAAUAACACUGAUGAUGAAGAGAUUGAAGAACACAUCAGAAACCACAAGCUGAAACUUGAGGCAGAAUGUAGUGCUAACAUAGAUCAACAUCAUGAAAGAGAGUUUCUAGCAUGGUUUCGACAACAAUUAGGCAAAGAUUGGUGUGUGGUUCAAAAGGCUAAUCCUUGUAGCUCUUAUGAAGUUCUUGAAUUUGAACAAGGACCAGGUGAUGAGAUUAUCCAAAAAGAAGAACCAGGAUUUGUUUUAUGUGUGGACCUUGGAGAGAUUCCACAACUUGAUAGGGAUGUACCAUCAUUUGACAGCAUUGAUGCCACAAUUGUGAAUGCUGCCACUGCAGAGACUUGUAUUGAAAAUGACUACGAUGAUGAAUUUAUUGAUGAUGAAGAUUGUGAUGUUGAUUGUGGUGAUGAAACUCUAGCUACUGACAUUGUUAAAAAUGUAGGGCUGCGGACGGAUGAUGAUGAUUAUGUUGAUGAUGAUGGUCCUGGCAAGGGAAGAAAACCUUUAGUGAAGAAAAGAAGAAUUGAGUCUCUGGGGCUUAGAGAUUCAAUAUCAUCCCAAGGUCAAAAAUCAGCCCAAGGAAUGUCUACUUCUACCACUGAGCAUAAUGUUUCAACAAAAUCUUCACCUUUUCACUUAAGAGAUGAAAAUGAUGAAGAGACACAUUUGGCAGGCGAUUCAGAUAUUCCUUUGACUCCCAUGUCUGCUUGUUCAGCAAAAUCAUCUACAUUUGUUAAAAGAGGACAAACCAAAAACCUUAGUGGGCGUGAAAAUGAUGAUGAUGCUCCACACAAAGUGAAACUCGAUGAUUGUUACAAACGUGUCGUAGGUCCUAAUUCACAAUCAUUCAUGAAUGAAUCUAGUGUUGUUGCUCGCAAGUUUUGGAAGCACAAUGUAACAAAAUGGUCUCAGCUGGAAAAGGAUGACCGAGAAGCCAUGUGCCAAAGGGUUAUGGCAAUGCGUAAGCGCAACACAGAGAACCGAGCCAAAUCCAAAGAGCCAAACUUUACGGGAACCCUUUCUCUUGCAAGGAAAGGAUUCAGAAUUAAAAAAACUCCCAUUGACUUAUUUGAAUAUAGUCGAACCUCAAGGAAGACAGGAACUAUGCCUGGGGAAACGUCAAAAUCACUUUGGGACUUGGAAGGUGCCGGUUAUGAACCUAAAGAGAUUUGCAUUGCAGCAGUUGGGAAACUACCUGGAAGUGCUGGUCGUGCCUUAACCAAAAGUUAUUAUCUUGAAGAAGCUCGCCAUGAAAAGGAAAGAGCUGAUGUGGCAGAAAAAGAAACGAAAGAAACAUAUGCAAAGUUAGAAAAGAUGGCAGUGGAACAAGAAACACUGAAAAAAACAUUGGUAGCUGAAAAUGAAGUGCUCAAAGAGUCUUUGGCCGUCUUACUAGAGAGGGUUAAUCGCAUGGAAGCUCAAAAUAAUGCGUAA